AUGUACCAUCAGCCCUGUUUUGGCCUUCAGCACGCAGGCCCAGGAAAUUCUCAGAUUGUUACGGAUGUGAUCGAUUCGGACGAGGAAGAGGGUUGUAUUCGCAACGAAGAGUAUACUGGAGAAAGGAAUAGCUCUACAGUGCUUCGUGGUGCUACUCACAACUUGAAUCGUUCUUCAAUGAGCGUGGAUUCGUUAGUGUCAGGAGUGCCUUUCGAUCCACCAGAUCGGAGGCCAUGGAGAAAUUCUUCACGGAUGCAACAACCAACUGCGGAGAAUUCUUUUCAGUCGAUUUCUUCCCAACCUCGUAUGAACUAUGGACCCUCCUAUACAUCGCAAAUCCAACCAAACCCCCCUCCUAUUUCUCACAAUCGAGACGUUUAUCACAUUCCAGCCCGGCCGUCUUUUACGCAAAACCAAACACCCUCUUCCUUCUUUCGUGGUUUUCCUCCUUCACCAGACUCCGUCCCUUUUCCUCCUUCAGAAAUCGACUCUCAAUCAAUCCACUCCCCGUAUCCCAAUACCGACCAGUAUUCCCAACAACUGUCUCCCGCGCGCUUCUCUCCAUUCAGCCAAUCGUCCCCUCAAGAGUCUCAUCAGCAGCGUCUAGAAGGUCACUUUUCUCCAGUACUCAGAAAUUCUUCCCCCUGCCAGUCUCUCAAUCCAUCUCCUUAUUCCGCUCCUAGUCCAAACCAGGAACCCCACCAUUGCCACCCUCAGUUUGGUAUUCCACCGUCGUAUUCACGCAUUACAAAUCCAACAUCCCCGUACGAACAUCCAUGUCCCAGAAUGGACCAACCUUCCAACACACUAGGAUCCGUCUCACGGCAGUCUCCCAACUCAUCGCAUAGGGGACCGCAUCAAUCUUCCCCGACGUCAUUUCCGAUUCAACAACAGCAAUCCUUCAGUAUUCCCAUCCAACAUCAGCCCUCCCAUAGUAAUCAGCACCAACCCUCCCAUGGUACUCAGCACCAACCCUCCCAUGGUAGUCAGCACCAGCGCUCCAGUGGUCCCUAUGGAAUCUCUCACCAAUCCACAAAUCAUCCCUAUCAACCGUCGGAUCCCUCCCAGCAUUCCCAUUCCUCCCACCAUUGUAUUCCACCCCCUCCUCCUAUUCCUCACUCAAAUUCUGCUCCAACGUUCUUCUCACAUAAGUCUCUUCCUUCCAUUCCGCCCCCGCCUCCAGGAUUUCCUCCUAGCGAGCCACAAACAAAUCGCUCGUGGCAAUUUCAAUGA